AUGGCAAUUCACAAGCCUCGGUUGGAUCUCAUUCUCAUGGGUAAAGCAAAUAUCUUGGUUGAAGUUGAGUUGAGUAAAGCUUUUCCAUCCCGAACAGCUGCUGAUGAUAUAAAUGGAGUUAUUUCAAUGGUUGAUGUGGAAUAUGCAUGGUUGCCUUCUAAAUGCAGCAGCUCAGCUCUUGCCAUAAGUAUUGAGAUACCUGCUACUAACAACCUCACCGUUGAUUUAGUUAAAGCUUCCAUCAUAGAAGAUAUCAUUCCGGUAUCUACAGCUUCGACAAUUGUGAAUGUGACUGUCCCUACAGCAUAUCAAGCCUCUCCUUCAGCUACCAACAAUAAUGUCAUUGAGUCUUCUUUUUUGGAGGCUGCUCGUUCUUUAUACUCCACUAUUACCACUAAUGUUCAAGAAAAAUCUACUGUCGAGAAGGAAAGUAUGAGAAUAGUAGAGCUUGAUUUGGGUUCUAAUAAGUUUGCUUCUCUGAUUUCUCCGGAAGAAGGAAAAGACUCAUCGGAUUCAGACAAAGAAACGGAUUCGAUGGAUCUCAUGACUCAUUCGGGGAAGAGAACUCUUCGGGAAAGACCAGUGAAGCCAUCAGCAAAGGCUGAGGAGAUGAAUUGGUAA